AUGCGUCCAAGAGAUUCUCAAGGUUCUAAAAACAAGGAACAAACUCAAUCAAGACUUGAGAAGCUCCACCAAGAAGCUGCUGCAGCUCUUGCAGAAAAACGUCAAGCUAUUCAAGAAUUAAAUGACCAAAUUGAUGAAGCAGAAAAGAAAUGCGCUCAACUUAAAGCCGAAUUGCAAUCUAAAAUGGUUGAAAUGCAAGAAUCAGAAUCAGAAAGCUCCGAUGAAAUGAUGGAGGAAGAAGAAGAUCUCCCAGAAUUUGCAGAAGCUAAACAGAGACAUGCUGCUGAAAUUGAAAAAAUUAAAUCAGAGCAGGAUGAAGAACUCAAAUCAUUACAGAUAGAAUUCACACGAAAACUUAAAGCCGCAGAAGAAUGGAAUGCGCAACAUAUUGAAACGCUCAAAAUGGAUAAGCAAGCUAAAAUAGACGAACUAAAGUCACAAUUAGAAAUGUUAAAAGCCCAACAAAGCGAGGUUUUGUAUACUCAAACUCAAGCUCGUAAUAAGUUCUAUCAAGAGUCAAGAGCCAUAUCUGCAGAGAAUGAACAGAAGAUCCAGAGUCUUGAAAACCAACUUUCAGAAUUACAAGCACUAUCUCGACAAGAAUUAAGAGAUGUACGUCUUAAAAUUGAUGAAUGCUUAGCGACAGUUGAACUUCGUCAGCAGGAGCAUCAAUCUGAAAUUGCUCGCUACGAAAAAGAGAUAGCCGAUCGAAAUGAAAAAUAUCAAAAUCACAUUGCUGCAUUUUCAGAACAGUUAAAGAAUGAAAAGGCUAGAGUCGAUCAAGAAGCUAUCGUAGCAGAGACAAAAAUCCAAUCCCUCGAAAAAGUUCUUGCCCAAAUGGAAAAACAACAUCAAAAACAAAUUGAUGCGACCCAACAAGAUAUUGAACGACUUAAAGUUUCAAUUAAUUCGGCAAAAGCACGUGGCGAUCAGUCAAUUGAAGUAUCAAGAACAUCCGCCACACAAGUUCAAUCGAUUUCUAGAGAACUUAAACAACUACAAGAAGAAAUCGAUCUUGUUGACAAAGAAAUUGGAGAAUUGCAAUCAGAAAAUGAUCAACUCAAAGCUGAACUUUCCCGCCUUUCGAAGCCUAAGUCUGAUUCAAAAAAGAUGUAA